CUGACUCAGAAAAGAAAGAAAGAAAGAAAGGACUUCAGUCAGUCAGUCCUUCGCUUUUUCCCUCCACUCUCUCUCUCUCUAAUCAGAAACGCCUUUCUCUGUUGCUGUUUCUUUCUCGUCUGUAUCAAUUAAAUGAACAGAAAAAGUUGUUAACAGAAAACCCUAAAAAUAAACCAAGAAACUUCUUAAUAUACUUGUUCUGAUUCAGUCACUGUUUCAACAAAAGGGGAAAAGAAAAACAAAACAAGAAAGAAAGAAAGAUGCUUGCCCUAACCAAUUACUCUUCCACCAUGACAUCAGAAGAAGAUUUUCAUUCAGAAGAGAAUCUAUCAGUAUUAGAUGUAAUUAAAUCAACAACAAUUUGGGUGUCAUCGGUAGAAGAAAUUAUUCAAUAUAGAUUUAGAAAUAAAGGUUUAUUAGAAGAAGCCUUAACGCAUUCAUCUUAUACUGAAUCACCUUCUUAUCAAAGACUUGAGUUUGUUGGUGAUGCUGCUUUAGGCUUAGCCGUUGCUAAUUUUGUCUUUUUAACUUAUCCUGAUCUUGAUCCUGGUCAGCUUUCUCUACUUCGUGCUGCUAAUAUUAGUACUGAGAAACUUGCCAGAGUUGCUAUUAGACAUAAUCUUUAUCCUUUUAUGCGUCAUAAUGCUCCUUCUCUUGAUAUUAAGGUGAGAGAAUUUGCUCUGGCAGUACAGGAAGAGGGAGAUGAAAUUCCACAUGCUGGAAGUGUUAAAGCACCUAAGGUUUUAGCUGAUCUUGUUGAAUCAAUUGCAGCUGCAAUUUAUGUUGAUUGUAAUUUUGAUUUAAAGCUUCUUUGGGAGUACUUUAGUCGGCUGUUGGAACCGAUUGUAACUCUAGAAACUUUGGAGCAGCAACCUGUGACAAUGUUGUAUGAGGUUUGUCAGAAGCAGGGGAAACAUGUAGAUAUUAAACAUUGGAGAAAAGGAACGAGAAAUAUUGCUAGUGUUUAUGUGGAUGGCAAACUCAUAGGAUCAAGUAGUUCUGAUCAAAAGGAUAUUGCAAAAAUUAGUGCUGCGAAAGAAGCUCUUGAGAGAAUGUACGAGAUGGGUUCUUUGCCUCUGGAAGAUGGGAGUAUUGUCAAGGUGGAUGACUUGCAAGAGAUUGAAGGUGCAAAACAAAAAUUGAAUUCACUUUGCACCAAGAAACGAUGGUCAAUGCCAGUUUACAAAGUUGACAAAGAAGUCGGGGCUGCACAUGAGAGAGGAUUUGUAUGUUCCGUACAGAUUGAAACUGCCGCAGGUACUUAUGUGACAUCAGGAGAUGUAAAGACGAAGGUGAAGGAGGCUGAAAAUUCUGCAGCUUCAAUGAUGCUACAUGGUUUAGAAGACCCAAAAUUUGGAUUGGGAAAAAUCUCCUGAAUAAGGGGAAUCCCUGAAACCCAUUAAAAUUUGCGUUCCUGUGCAUUUAGCUGUACUUUCAUGUUAUUUAUGUUCUUUUAAUAAACUAGUGUGUCCCAUUUGUCUAUGUUUCUUAUUGUUACAUUUUCUGUCAUACUAUUCUGCAGAUCCUUUAAUUUUCAUUUAAAUGAAGCUCUAUUCGGUGCUUGUUUGA